AUGGAAACAAAUGUAAAAGUAGCGUUAAGAGUAAGACCUAAAUCCCAUGAAGAAUAUCUUCAAGGCGACGCAGUAUAUUGUGACGAAGAUCGAGUAAGAGUCCAUGAUGGAGAAAAGUUCCAUGAGUCUACUUAUCAUCAUGUUUUUGAUCAAAACUCAACCCAAGAAAACGUAUAUGAGUUCGUCGAAGAUAUUAUUGAAAGUGCAAAGCAUGGCUAUAGCUGCACAAUUUUUUAUAAUAACAAAAUUUUUCUAUAGGAGUUUUUCCCUAUAUGGCCCGAUAAGGGUCGUGGGUUCUCCAUGGAAUCCCUCUGCUGGUUGAACCAACCAGUGAAUUGGUCAAAUCAACGCAAUGAGUUGUUUUGACCAACAGAGGGAUUCCACGGAGAACCCACGGCACUUAUCGGGCCAUAUAGGGAAAACUCAUAUACUUAUGUUUUUUAGAAAAAAAAUAAAAAUAUUUUUUAAUACAAUUUUUACAUAUGGGCAAACUGGCUCAGGGAAAACAUAUACAAUGUUUGGCCCUGGCUGGGAAAUUGGACUCAUCCCAGAUUACUCGCAAUACGGUAUAAUCCCACGAAGUGUAAAUACCAUUUUCAGAGGUCAAGAUUCUCAGUCCACAAUUGUAUGCAGCUUAAUACAAAUUUAUAACGAAAAAUUGUAUGAUUUACUCCAAGAUGAUAGGAUGGAAAAACCAUUGAGAAUCCGAAUGGAUCAAACCUUUGGGGUUUAUGUGGAAGGGCUAAGUGAAUAUGUAGUCCAAACAGUUGAUGACUGUAUUGCUAUAAUAAGAAAAGCAGAAACAAACCGUGCUGUAAGAAAUAUACUUAUUUAAAUUAAAUUAAUUUUUUUGGCUUAAUCAAAUUUGACAUUAAAUUAUUUCUGAAUAAUAGUCUAAAUUCAGCCUAGCAAAGUAUACGAAAAUGAAUGCAAUGAGUAGCAGAUCCCACAUGAUUUUUCAAAUCGUGCUAGAAACUGACAAAGUGGACCGAGACGGCAAAAUCAAGCGAUCAAAAAUCAAUAUGUGCGAUCUUGCAGGCUCAGAAAGAAUUGACAAAAUGAGAGGGACUAAUAAAUCACAUCUCAGCGAAUUGACAAAUAUCAAUAAAUCUCUUUCUGUGCUCGGCAUCAUUAUUUCAGAAUUAGCUAAAGGGAAAACUAAAAGAUCCUUUAUUCCUUUCAGGAACUCCCAGCUUACAUAUCUGCUUAAAGAUUCAUUAGGCGGCCACACGAGAACUUGUCUUAUAGCUACAGUUUCUCCAACCUAUGAUACAGUUCAAGACACUCUUCAAACCCUUAAAUUCGCAAGCAAAGCCAAAGAAAUCAGUGUAAACGCUAAAACCAAUGAAAUUUCAGCUACAGACGAUAAACUGGUCCAAAGACUGCAAAGAGAAAUAAAAUAUUUAAGGGACAUUUUACAUAUAAAACAAACUGGAGGAGGGGUAAAAGAGCUUCAUCAGAAAUUAAUGAUACUCCAAGAGGAAAACGAAAAACUGAAAGAAAUGACUCAGAAUUUGACAAUUCAUGAUGUAGAAAUUCUGAAGCAAGAAAAUAAAACUAUGAAAUUACAGCUACAGCAGCUGACUGGGAAUAAUUUUUUUACUUUACCUCCUGAAGAGCCUGCGAAGCAGGCUCCUAAUGAUGAAAUCGACAAGUUUACGGAACGCUACCAUUCAGAGCACAGAGCCUCUAGUCAUAACUCUUCUGCUUCUUUAAAAACUUCAAGAACUCUUGGUACAACUCAGCUCACAAAAGAAAUAGAAGUCCGUGUAAGAGGUAGAAACAGCUCAGUAGGAAAACGAGUCACAAAUGUCCUCAAAACUUUUGACGAAGAAGAAAAAGAAAAGCAGCAAAGACAAGAAAACGUCAAAAAAAUGAGCCGAAUGAAAACAUUAGAACAAAUUGAAAGUUUUAAGCUUGCCAAAGCAAAAGCUGCUAUCCAAAAGCUUCAAGAAGAGAAAUAUAGAGUAAAAUUGAUUAUGGGGAGAACCCAAGACCAAAGACAAUGGUCAGAAAUGAACGUAAAAAAUCUCUCUGAUUUUGAAGAAGCUAGAAAACGAAUAGAAAGAGCAGAAUUGGAAAAGCAAAAAGCUCUGAUGGAAUUGCAUAAAGUAAGGUCUAAAAGAACGCAAGCAGUGUCACUAAGUCCAUUUAGAAAUGAUCAAGGAAACGGAGUCCUGAAAAAGUAA